AUGGGUGGCCUCUCCUCCAUCAAAACAUCAAACCCCCUUCACAUUUUCUCCAUGAAACCACCAUCAUCACCAAUAUCGAAGCUCAAAACCCUCUUCCAAACCUUAAUCUUCUCUCACAUGUACCGUGCCGCACGUGCCCUUGUGAAGGCGAAGUCGCUCCUCCUCGAGCACGUGCGGGACAUGCAGUUCCUACACUUGGCGGAGUUCAAGAGGAACAGGAACUGCAAGAGAAAGCUCUAUUUCGGCUCCUUUAGGCUACAUUACAACUGGUGUGCGUCGCACGUGAUGCCUCUAGCUCAAGAGAGCUACUAUGAUGCUAGCUGGAACGUCGUCGUUCCAACUGGCACCACCACGAAGUCGGUCAUACCCGAUGGGACCACGUCGUAUCGAGAGCCGGAAGGGCUCUCGAGGUACUUGGAGUGGCUUGAGGAGGAGAAGGGGAAUCAAGAAUCCAUCUCUAAUGAGAUUGAUAAACUUGCUGAUUUGUUCAUUGCGGAUUGUCAUGAGAAAUUCAGGCUGGAAAAACAGGAAUCUUAUAGAAGAUUUCAGGAGAUGAUGGCUAGAGCUGUAUGA